UAAAUGAAGAGAGAGAUAAAUUAGAUAAAUAUCUUGAAAAAAAGAAUGAUGAGAAGUGUAAAGAAGAGGCCAAUCAAACAAUCAUUAAUUACAUUAGCUCUCGUCGUAAAUUUAUAUCCCCAAAGCUUGAAACUAUGCUUGAUGGAAUUUUAAUACGAAAUAGGUUUUCUGUAUUUAUUGACGGGAUACUGGAAAAAGUCUUAAGCAUGUGGGAAAAAUUGCCUGAUGAAAAGAAACUUGAAGAAGAAGCAAAUAAAAUAUGGGAACAAUUACGUGAUAGGGUAUCAGCAGAAAAUGAAGACCUUAUAAAGGAAGAGAUAGAUAACAUAGUAAAUGACGAAUAUGGAACUAUCGAUAUGUGGGCAUCUGACUUUUUAAAAAAUUACGAAAUUGGAAUUAUUCCAGAAUUAUCUAAGAUCAAUGCAAUACGUAAUGUUAGUUCGACGGAUUUUCUUGAGGAAAGGAUUAAAGAAGAAAUUGAUAUUUUGGUAGAACAAAUUUUACUUGAUGUUAAAAGGUUUAAUCCUAGGUUUAAUCCUAGAGUUGUACGUAAUCUUAAAGACGAAAUAGAAACCAAAUUGAAUGGUCUUUCAACUAAAUUUAAUGUAAAAUUUGAUCCUAAUUUUGAAAUGAAUGUUCAC